ACUAAAGUAAGAAAAAAAUAGGUUUUUAUAUACUAUCGACAACGCUCUACAACAUAGUCAUCUUGAUUUUGCUUGAUUUUGUGAUCAUACUUCGCCAAAAAAAUCUACCGUUACGUGGACUGGCCGAUUUAGUUUUAAAAAUGUUGAAUGGGAUAAAACAUUAACGAGACCUAAAAAUCAUAUUGAUGUUAAAAACAACGAUUGACACAAAGAGAGGUUAGUCUGACUUAUUUACUUAUUAGUUUUUCCUUCUCUAUUCGAAUGUACUCUAGAAGAACGACAAUUCUUAAUUUCGUCUGAUAAGUGUAUGAGUGCAGAAAAACGAUUAAGUAACAAUUACUUACCUGAAUAUAGUAAAAAAUUGAUAACUGGUAUUGACUGAAAGGUUAUGUUCGGUUACAAAAGGAGAAAAGUGGAAGUAGGUGUUUCGUUUUAGUUUGAUUACUUUUUGAUGAUUGUAAUUUUCUACGUUUUUUAAUAAGGUAUUAACUGUUUUUCAUGUUAAAUCGUUGCUUAAAGAAAAGAAUAAACGCGAUGAGUUGAUCGAAUCGAAACUUGAAAGUUUGUAAGUUACCUAUAAAUGUUGUUCAAUAUAAUUUUUGGCGCUCUGUUACUAAGAUAAUUUAGAAAAAAAAUAUUCUGUUUCGUUUAUUAUCUCAUUGAUAUAUCUCGAAACGACUUAUUGAAAAGAAGACAAUUUCUUUUUGGAGUGUUUUUUUUUUCUCCUAAUAUUCAAAAAUGCAAACAUUCUAUUGUUAUGAACCAGCUUAUACCUAUGAUCAACAGCAGAGUAAUCAAUAUUGUUCCUCCCCGUCGUUCCGUUCAUCGUGUCCCUACUCUUAUUCUAGCGCAUCAAAAGAGAAUUGUCCAUUAUCUGGUUCAAAUAAAAAUGUGUUAAAAGUUGAAGUAGCACAUGGGAGCGAUAGACAUCAAAUACAAUUAAAUUGUGAUCAAGACAUUAAAGUAUCUCAUUUACAAGAUGAAAUACAAAAAUUAACAGGUGUGCAAAAAUGCAAUCAACGACUCUAUUAUAUAACGCCGUCAUAUUUACAUUCAAGUGGACCGAUAAGUACAUUUGCUUCUUUAAAAAGAAAAGAUGAAUUAAACGUUCCAAUGCCAACAAUUAUUUGUAAAUUUACUGUAUCACCAGAAACUGAUAAAGUGAUGUUGUUGUGUAUUUAG